GGAGUAUGUGGUAAAGCACAUGUCCAAGGAAAUCCACAUGUUGAUUGUCGGGACAUUUGGUCCCGCUCUCUCGGGCUACAUUUGCAAAGUGUAUAUCGUGUGUUGACGAUCGUGGAUGUUCAUUGUUCAAUUUCUUCCAUCUCUUUCGACUGACUCAUGCUUGCGUCGUCGAUGGAACCAUUGCCUUACAUGAUAACCAGCUCCGCAUCCCAUUCCACAGUGGCUUCACUCUUGGACGACAUCGACCUCUUUGGCUUUCACGACUUAGAGCCCCUCAGCGCAUUCACGUUGGACCAAGUCUUGUCCGAGGUGGACAUGACCGCAUCGGACCUACUCAAGUUCACGUACUGGGACCCCCUCGACGAGUUUUCCCAAACACCGCCAACUUCGUUCGUCCAGCUUACCGCGUAUGACGCUGCCUCGGGGGCGCUCAUCAAAUACGAAACUUCGAGCUCCGUGUCAUCGCCAUCAUCAAGGGAGGGGAGCACGUGGAGCUCCCGCCGAAAAGUUUGUUCCACCGAAGGCUGCGGCCGCGUCGUGCGAUCUCGGGGCUACUGCAAGAAGCACGGCGGCGGAAAACCGUGUAUGAUGGAAGGGUGCCACAAGGAAGCUCAGAACGGCAGCUUUUGCAUUGGCCAUGGUGGGGGCAAGUGCUGUAAGGUGAACGCGUGUGCCAACGCUGCGCAAUCCCAAGGCCUGUGCAAAGCCCACGGCGGCGGUGCCCGAUGCAAACAAUCCGGAUGCGAGAAGAGCAGCCAGGGGGGUGGGUUUUGCCGAGCCCACGGCGGGGGUAAGCGAUGCUUGGAGCCCGGGUGCACAAAGGGGGCCCAGCGGGGGGACCGAUGUGCGAAACACGGGGGGUGCAGAUCCUGCACGGUGGCGGGUUGCGGCCGCACGGACAGGGGCGGGGGGCUGUGCGAAAUCCAUCGUCAGGACAUGACGUGCAGCGUUGAAGGCUGCAAGCGACUAGGGAAGACACUGGGGAUGUGCACAGUGCACGUCCGGCAAGUUCGCAAUUCCGGCUCGUUGUAGAAUAUGAUUGAU